GUUCCUGGACUGAGGCUGCACACGCGAAUGGGAAACCCGCUGCUCACUCUUAUCAAAGAUCGAUACCGAGUCCAGGCACUCAGAACCGCCUCGGAACGAACCCUCUCGCGCAUCGACAGCAACACCAGCCUUGGACCCACUGUCAACAACGCCAAUCCAGCCAAGGGCACCAAGACCUUCGAAGCUGGCGGGCUAAGCAAUUCGACGCCUGGCGGAGGAGCCUCGUCAAAUCCUCCUGCCAUACAUGAAAAUGAUGACUACUUUGGGCAACAUAAUGUCGACGGAGCCAAGGACGAUGGAGGCGGAGGAAGAGUGGGAGGAAGUAGCAGUCACGCUGAGAAGGCCGCGCACAACGACGCAGCGACCGACUCGAUCUCCCGAACCGCUCCUCCUCCAGCAGCACUCAAGUCCGAGGCUCCGCGCGAUGGAAAUACCACCAUAACAGAUGAUCAAAAUGAGAAGAAGAAGCGACAACCCAUGACUAUUGCCCGCAUGAAAGCUGGCUCCCGGCGCUUUGUCAUGCAUUUCAAGAAUGCUAUCUGCCACAGCUGGAUCAACGUCUUGCUCUUCGCAGUACCAGCAGGUAUCGCCGCCGAGGCAGCCGGUCUGAAUGCUACAGUCAUCUUCGCCAUCAAUGCCGUCGCCAUCGUACCACUUGCGGGCAUGCUUGCUCUUGCCACCGAGAGUGUGGCCACUCGAUUGGGCGACACACUGGGAGCAUUGCUCAACGUAUCCUUCGGCAACGCUGUCGAACUGAUCAUUUUCAUCAUUGCUCUGGUCAAGGAUGAGAUACGAAUCGUGCAGGCUUCCCUACUGGGCUCCAUCCUGGCCAAUUUGCUUCUCAUUCUCGGCAUGGCUUUCUUAUUUGGUGGUCUUCGAUACCAAGAGCAGGUCUAUAACAGCACUGUUACGCAAAUGAGCGCUUGCCUGUUGAGUUUGAGCGUUAUGAGUCUUUUGCUACCCACCGCAUUCCACGCAUCUUUCAGAGAUGAGGCCAAGGACGAAGCAGAUCGCAGUGUUCUCAAAGUCAGCCGUGGCACAAGUGUGAUUCUGCUCCUGAUCUACGUCCUGUACUUGCUGUUCCAGCUCAAGUCUCAUGCCUACAUGUAUGAGAGCACUCCACAGCACAUUGUCGACGAAGAGUCGCAUCCUGGUGUGCUACACGACCUCAUGAACUCCUCAUCUUCAUCGAGCAGCUCAAGUUCGUCGAGCUCUUCAGAUUCUGACACCGACGAUUCUGGAUCUGUGGUUACGACUUCGAGACGUGUGAAGCGCAUGUUUAAGAAUCGCAAGCGCAGAAAGUCAAGUGCCAGUACCAGCACGACUGCAACCAAUUCCAACUUGCCUUCAGUCAUCAGCUCGCCUUCACAGGAGAGGCUGCCGGCAGUAGAGCAUGUCAGAGACCCUGAGCCGCGCCGUCCUACGCUUGCUGCGAUUGCUAGUGGCGAUGAAGGCGACAACGAGGACGGACACCCGCGAACUUUCGACUGGGCCGAGCGUCACAAUAGCAAUGAGAGCUCCUCCAAGUCGGCAGAAGCAACCAAAUCUCGCAAGACGAAGAAAUCCCGUAAGAGGGAGAAGGAGAGGCGCCGCCGCCAAAAGCAAGAAGAUGCCGCUAACCAGGCUGCAGCGGAGUCAAACAGCGCUUUUGUUCCGGAGACUACUUCUCAACCCAAGGUCGCAUUCGCCGAGAAUGUGCAGACGCAUGAAGUCGAGGCCCAGAACUCUACUCCCAGCAAGCUGCCGUUUAAUAUGCGUGCACCUGCUCUCCGACCGGGUCUGACCAGCUAUCUGUCCAACACCGUCUUCUCCAGUCAGCAAACGAACCCAGCUCGCAGCUAUUCGCCGCGUCCGAACCCAAAGCGACUGUCGACCAGCGGCUCAGGCACUCUGCGCCGUACCAGCUCUCUCCCAGAUCGACUUGGCCAUUCUGGCUCCAACUCUCGACCCGUCAGCCUCAGUGGCCCACUGCCACCAUAUCAGCAUCGCGCUGCGGGCGCUGGCGUGCCUUCCGCGACCGACUCUACUGAAGAGGGAGGGGAGGAGAACAUGUCCACUACUGCUGCUGUUGUCCUCCUCCUCUUCACUAUCGCACUGGUCGCAGCCUGCGCCGAAUUCAUGGUCGACGCCAUUCCACACAUGAUCGACGACAGCCCUGUGAGCGAGGCCUUCAUUGGUCUCAUCAUCCUCCCAAUAGUCGGAAACGCAGCCGAGCACGUUACAGCUGUCACUGUCGCAGCCAAGAACAAGAUGGACCUGGCAAUCGGUAUUGCUGUUGGAUCUUCGAUUCAGAUCGCCCUCUUCGUCACUCCCAUCGUCGUCCUGCUCGGCUGGAUCCUCAACACCAGUAUGAGUCUUUACUUCAACCUCUUUGAGACUAUCAGUCUCUUUGUCACAGCAUUCGUGGUCAAUUUCCUGGUGCUGGACGGAAGGAGUAAUUACCUCGAGGGUAGUUUGUUGAUCGCGGCAUAUGUGAUCAUUGCUCUCGCUGCGUUCUUUUACCCUAGCACGGCGAGUCAGAGUACGAUCGGUGGAGGUGCAGUCUAGGAGAGUCUGGGCAAUGCAGACUGAGGAUGGUCCUGAGCGGAUGGGUUGCUGGCACAUGAGCGAAUGAUAGGUGGUGCAGAUGUCUGGGUUCAUCAGACUGGUUACUGGCGUUAGAUACAGGAGUUCCAUCAAGGCUUCAAAUUCGCUUCAAGCGAAGCUCGCAGGUCGUCAAUCUGUUUGGGUGCCUUGGAAUCGUUCUCGUUCGUUUUUCCUUCGAUCCCAUCCACCUCCUUCGCAUUAGCAGUAGCAGGCCUCAAAACCUUUUGAUUCUGAAACGGACUCGGUUUCCUCGCCCCAGAAGUAGCCAUAGCUCCCACCUCCGCCUUCUCCGUCGCCGUCGCUCCCCACCCCUGCUGUGGUCCCCUUCUCCCUCGUUCCCUAUUACUCUUCACGGUCUCCGCCAAACUCUGUUUCCGCCUCUUCAUCCCACCUCCACCACCGUCAUCCCUCUCCAUCACA